AUGAAGGAUACAGUAGAAGAGGCGAAACAUAUCUGCGCAGAUAUCGUAUUUUUGCUAGACACUUCGUGUAGUAUUGAAAAGGAAGACCGCGGCAAAAUGGUGACAAUUGUAGAGUCUGUUGUCAAGGGUUCUAGAGUCGAUGAUAAGAUGGCGAGGUUUGGUGUGGUGACAUUUGACAAAGGUGCCAGAGUUGAGUUUGGGCUCAACGAAUACACCAGUAGGGCAACAAUGCUUGCAAGACUUGCCAAGUUGAAAGAGGCAGUCUCUAGUAACGACUAUCCACAGGGAUGCAAGACGUACACGUGGGAGGCGCUUGAGUUGGUACGCAGGACAGAGUUAUUGGGAACAGAACCUAGGCUUGAUGAGACAACUGGUUGUAAGAGGGGAAGGGUUGUUAUUAUUAUGACUGACGGGGUUCCUUUCUCGUCAAAUUAUGCAAGGGAGCAGGCCCUUUUAGACACAAUUGAACAAGGGAAUAAAAAUAAGGCCGUUGGUAUAUCUACAAUGGUAGUUCAACUGCCAAACAAGAACGGUAACUACCCAACAGAAAAACACGAUGUAUUUGAAACGCUGGUAACAACAAUGGAAUGGUAUUACACAGUAGAAAUAAAAACUGAUUUAGAGACACUUGGCCAUCGCUUCUUCACGCAUCUGGUUAAAACCUGGCCUUGUUGUUAUAAUUGCAUGGCAAAGAUCGAUCUCUGCUUUGUCCUUGACCGAAGCAUUAGCAUUAAAGUGAGCGACAUCAUAUUGGCGAAGGAAUUUUUGAAAGAGCUUUCUGAUUCAUUCUUGGUGAGUUAUGAUGAGAACACUGUGGAUGAACCUAAGUGGGAUCACGCCAUGAUUGGUGAACUUCGUGCUGCCAACAUUUCGGUUGAUGUCAUUGGGAUGCCAAAUUAUCAAGAGCGUGUAGGGAUCGAGGAAUGGAUUGGUGUGGCCAGUAAUUUCAUUAUUGAUUUGCGACGAACCCCCGAUAAGCCUUGGCUUCCUGACUAUGAAGAUUUGAAACCGAUUGUUGGAACUGUGGCGAGGUUAUUAUGUGAGAAAUACGGUGUCUCAGAAUGA